GCCGACAGAUAGCGCUAGAGUUGCUUUUCCUCGGUCCCCCAUGAAGGCCUCGCGGGUAAUACGCAUUGCUUCGUCCUUGUCGAGAAGCGCUGCGUACAAGGAGCGGUAUGUGCCUUUCACGGCUAUUGAUAGCCUGCGGUCGGAAGACCAGCAGGGGGAACGCGAGCAAAUUACCGUCAUGAAUCCAGCAACCGGGGAGGACCUCUGCACCGUCGUUUCCGCCUCUCAAGCGGACGUAAAAGCCACUGUUCUACACGCGCACGAUGCCUAUCAGUCUGGUGCCUGGUCUCAAGCCAGUGUUCACCAUCGAUCAACCGUCUUGUCACGUUUAGCGAAAGCCUUGCACAACCGUGUCCCCGAAUUCGCUGAACUGGAAACACUGCAGACUGGUCGAACAAUACGAGAGAUGAGGGCCCAACUCGGUCGCCUUCCGGAAUGGCUCGAAUAUUACGCAGCACUAUUGCGAACGCACCAAGCGUUCGUCGCGCCCACCCAAGGGCCCCUAUUCAACUAUGUGCAGAGGGUUCCCCUGGGUGUGGUGGCGCUCAUUACGCCGUUUAACCACCCGCUGCUCAUUGCAAUCAAGAAAAUCGCACCAGCCCUCGCUGCUGGUAAUAGUGUGAUUGUCAAGCCUUCCGAGCUUGCACCCAUAUCCGUGCUCGAAUUCGCCGAGAUGGCCAGAGAUGCAGGCAUACCGGAUGGUGUGCUUUCUGUGCUGCCCGGCUAUGGAGUCACAACUGGUAAGGACCUCGUUUCGGAGCCCUUGAUAAGAAAAGUCGACAUAACGGCGGGUACUGCCACCGGCAGGGCCUUGGGUAGCAUAAUCGGGUCGAAUCUUGCGACGUUCACAGCUGAGCUGGGCGGCAAGGCACCCAUUAUCGUAUUCGAUGAUGCAGACGUUGAAUCCGCGGUCAACGGCGCUGCAUUCGCCUCGUUCGUCGCCUCUGGGCAGACAUGCGUGUCCGGGACGCGUCUUAUCGUCCAGGAGAACAUCUACGACGCCUUCAUGGCUCGCUUCCUCGAUAAAGUGAAGAGCAUCACCAGGCGCAUGGGCAACCCGCUCAAUCCGCAGUCCACGAUGGGCUCCGUGAUAUCGCACCGCCACCUAGAGCGGAUAGAAAAGAUGGUCAAACAGAAUCGUUCCGGAAAUAUCUUGGUCGGCGGCGAGCGGAUGACUGGUAGGUCUGAGCUCGACGGCUUCGACUUCUCCGAGGGCAGCUUCUUCGCCCCGACCGUCAUCGAGGACGUCGGCCUCGAGGACGAGCUCUGGCAGGAGGAAGUAUUCGGCCCUGUGGUUGUCACCAAGUCGUUCUCCACCGAGGACGAAGGAGUUCUCCUGGCAAACGCGUGCAAGUAUGGGUUAGGCGCAGGGAUAUGGACGACAGAUUUGUCCAGGGCGCACAGGGUCGCUGCUCGUAUUCAGGCGGGUCUGGUCUGGGUGAACACCCACCAUCGUAAUGAUCCCAGCUCACCAUGGGGAGGAAUGAAAGAGAGCGGUAUCGGUCGUGAAAACGGCAUUGAAGCUCUGGAAGCAUAUUCUCAGAGCAAAUCGACUAUCGUGAACAUCGCCACUGUCGAGGACACCCGGCUUACUGAUGACUGGUUUGCGGAAGGUUCGACAGCCGCCAGGCGAUACGGCUGAGCGUUCCGUAGCAUCGUGAUAGCUGCAGGGAAAGCUCCAGCAGGCAUAGGGAUAUCUUUCAAUUGUCCUAAUCAUACAUAUUACAUGUUCAUGCAAAGCUGAGGUUACAUACACUUCGUCUGGAGUCUAUCUACUCGUGGCGCAGCCGCAUGACCCUAUAAUCCCGUGAUACUAAGCUGUUGUCUUGACUGCUUCAUGAUGGGCGGGUGUCUCGUUAAGCUCGACAGGGGCCUCGUCUACAAAGUCAGGCGCCUUGUUGAGAUCAGCUAGAUACGACGUGCUCUCUUCAUCUUCUUCCAAGGCUAACGCAUCCAGUUCAGCUUCCAAAUCCGCCUCAUCAAUCUCCUCCGGCACUGCAUACGACCGCCCCAACGUCUCCUGAAUCUCAUUCGCCUGCUCCAGCAGGUCCUCCAUAUCAUAAUGCAUAUUCUCGAUCUUGUCAAUGUCAAUCUUCCCGUACUGCUUCUUGAUCUCCUUGUUCGCCUGCUUCAUCGCCUCGACGGUGGCCAUCGUGUUGCGCAGGUUCUCCGUCGUGAGCGCGGCGGACUCCAUGUUGAACGUCUGCUGCUGCAGCUGCGCGAGCUGGCCCUCGUACAUCCGCUUCUGCUUCAGCGUGCGCAGCGCGCGCUGCUGGAUCGCGUCCUUCCCGGGCCCGUUGCGCAGCUUGCUCAUCUGCUCCUUGUACCGCGCGAGCUCGCCGUCGAGCUUCUUGAUCUUCACCUCUAUCGACGCAACGCGCGCAUCUGUUGAGUUGAUAGCGUCCUGUAAUGACGGCUUGGGCUUCUUGCUC